AUGGCCGACUCCUUUACUCUCCCCCUUCGGCCGGUCUUAGAGCGACAGGACCGGCCCGAUACUUUGCCAGUCGAGAUUGCUCAGAUCAACAAUCACUGGGGUUCCUUUCGAGAUGUCAAUGAGGAGGUUCUCCGCGCUAAGAUCGCCGAAGAGAGCGAGCGCAAUGGAGCACCAGCUUCGGAGGAUGGCGAUCAAGAGAUGAGCGAUGCUGAUACAACAGAGCGCCUUGAAAAAUUGUACAAGAAACGCGCCGAUAUCACCCAAUUCGCAGUACAAUCUCACAUGGAAGCCAUGUUUGCCCUUGAUUUUAUUUCGCUCCUGUUGUCGAAAACCUCGCCGCGCCAAGCCGAAACGUCCAUGUCCGCAUACCUCAAGCAAGUCGCACCUCUUGGUUCACUCGACGCCGAAGUGGUAAACCCACUGCCGAAAUCAGAAUCAGCCAUAAAGGAUACAUCGACGGUGUCAAGGGGAUGGAGAAUUCAGAACUUCAACUCGGCAUCCAACAAGCUAUUGAAAGCUGCCUCCAGGCUGGACACCGAGGUCGCAUCGGAGACUCGAUACUGGAAUGAGGUGUUAGCGGUCAAGGAGAAAGGCUGGAAAAUCUGUCGCCUGCCGCGUGAGAGACAAGCACUGGGUGUACAAUAUGGGUUCCUUGAAGCUACACCAGUCUUCCGCGACCGUGGACUUGCUUCUUUGCGACGGUCGCAAGAUGGAAGCCUGAUCCUAGACAAAGGGCUCAUUCCCUCUGGGGCGCGCUUUGUCCGUGUGCGAGUGAGACAAGGUACCCGCAUCUCCAGCAGCUCGAAACCUUUCAUGUCGCCGUCCGAUGAUGUUCAAUCGAUCGAGCAUCGUAUUCUGCAAGCGCGUGACUCUGUCUUCGAGGAAGAGCUGUUCCAUGAAUUGGUUCGCGAAGCCCGCUCCAUGGCAAGCAGUGGUGUCACAACUCGUCAGAAUCUAAUUCAAGUCCCUGCCUCUGAUGAUACGGAAAUUUUGCUGGAUUUGGUCGAUGCCGAUGGUGAGAGCAUUGAUACUGAGCAGAAGGAAUCUACAGCAACAGACCAGCUUCUUGCAGACGGCCUCGCCCACUCAAUCCGAAUUCUUCUUACCUUUGCGCAUCGCCAAAAUCUACGCCGACGUACACAACCCCCGCCGCCAUUGACCUCAAGGAAGCGAGUUACUCCAGAGUAUCAUUUACUUCGCCCUGCCCUUGGCUACUUCCAACACCUUGUACAGCUCCGCUGGCUGGAAUCAUAUCUCAAGGAGAUUCUAACUGUCCUCCGAUCAUCUGGUCUGAACGUGCCCGAGUUGAACAAAAAUUCGUUUUCUAGCGGCGAUCCUCCUCUAUCGUCUCUUUCACCAGCCUCAGUCGAGAAAUUCCUUCAGAAAUUCCUUAUGCCGAUUGAGUCCGUAUUCCGAGGAAAUCUUCUCACAACCCAGAGUUCCUUCAGUAUCACGAUUCGUACAAACCUAUCGGCACCACCCUUCGGAACUCAUUACGACCUGUCAUUCAACUUCCCCUCCUUCCCUGAUCUCAAGUCUCCUGGUCGAAUUAGUCUCAGGGAUGAGGUUGAGGCCGCUAUCACACAUAUCUUCCUACUAGAUGUGGUUUCCCAAAUCUCAUCUGAUCAACUACCCAAGAACAGUUCAGGUGGGACGGUGAAAAAAUGGGAUGCGAUUUAUCCUCAUCUCGGUGAAUUGCUGCUAUCUGGUAGCAAGAAUCCCGAGAGUAACAGAAAGAUGAAAGUGGUAUUGACCCGCCGUGAGCUUUCUCUUUCAACCUUCAUUGUGCGCGGCAUUGAUGGCGUUGGGCGUGGAGCCCGCGAACUACGAUCUGAGAACUCCUUUCCUAAUACUUGGAGCUCACUCCCAUCGUCAACUGAAAGUCAAAAACAUCAUUCCAUGAUGGACUUUGUCAUUGCUGAAGCUUCCAGAUAA